UACCAAAGUUUCGUUGUUAAUAAAAGUUUUCUAUGGCAAGGUGUUAUAGAAAAAGAAAAACCAGUUAUUAUGCUACACGAUCCAGUUCACUUGUUUAAAAGUAUAAGAAAUAAUUGGUUUACGGAAAAAACACAAACAAUUAGUUUAAAAAUUAAUAAUCAACCUCUCUCUGGUGAUUGGUCUCACAUUGUUCAAUUAUAUAACAGACAGAAAACUUGUGUUGCCAAAACUACAAAGCUUUCACGCAAGUCAGUGUAUCCUAGUUUGAUUGAUAGACAAAAUGUUGCAAACAUGGUUGCUGUAUUUAAUGAAAAAACUGUUGCAGCAUUAAGAUUAGCUAAUUUUGAGAACACUGCCUGUUUUUUAGCACCAAUUGUUUCAUUAUGGAACAUGCUAAAUGUUAAGAGGAAAGAUUGUGAUGUUUUACUUAAUGAUAUCAAUAGGUCUCCUUUCCAGACACUCGAUGACCUUAGAUUUAAAGAAAUUUUAGCAUUUGCUGAUGCAACUUCUAAGAUGUCAGAGGGAAAGGGAUUAAAGCGUCAUAAUACUUUUACACCAGAAACAAAACAUGCUUUAGUUAACACCCUACAAGGAUUGGUGGAAUUAAUAAAAAAACUGCUUUCAGAAGAUCACCAAUAUGUUCUUCCCGGUAUUUUUCAAACAGAUCGUCUUGAAGGUGAAUUUGGCAUCUACAGACAACUAAGUGGCGGAAAUUAUUUUAUCUCAGCAGAACAAGUAUUGAACAGUUUGCACCUUCAGCGGUUAAAAUUAUUCAGCAAAAUAGUUUCUUUGGAUGAAACUGACAUUCAUUGCUCACGCAUACAUUCAGACUGUUGCACAAUGGAUCUAUUGGAAGAGGAUAUUAUUUAUUUAGAUGAAUGUUUAAUUAAUGCAGACAAUGAAUCUAUUAAUGAUCAGGAGAAUGCUGCCCUUUUUUAUAUGGCUGGUUAUGUACAGCACAAGAUCGAUCCGCAGCGUAUAGUUGAUACAACAACAUCACAAUCAGCUAGUUCUGAAUUUACAGAUUAUGUUUCACGUGGUAAAUUGCGUUAUCCUGGUGAUACUCUUCUCCAGUUUAUUUGUGUUUGUUAUCUACUGUUUAGCAGCGUUCCAAUGUCUGAAAAACGUUUUCAAUGUGUUGUUUAUUUAAAGAAAUUAUUUUUAUUCUUGCAUUCAACAUUACCAUUUGAUUUAGAAACAGACAGUAUAGGUAUUUCAAAAGUUAUAUCAAUAAUAACUAACUGUUUCUUAAAAGGUGUUACGACCCUUGAUAAUACAUCUGAUAUUGUUUCAUUAAACAUUGAGGACAGAAAAAGAAAGAAACUCAAUACUUAGUGGUCUGAUUAUUUAGUUGACGUUGGUGAUAUAAUUAAUAACGUUUUGAAAUGUAUUUAUGGCUUUAUAUUUAUAUGGUUUAAAAUUUGUUUAUAAUUAUAUAUUUAUUAUUAUGAUAUGAAUAUAUAGUAUGAUAAGUAGUGAUUAAUUAGUUUA